AUGAUGCUGUCGGCGACAUCUGGAAUGGUUACCGAACGAGGUGGCGUUGGCUUCACAUUGCAUCGGUCGGAGACAGUUGCCCAGUCUGCUGGGCAGUUGGAUCGCAAGAACUCUGCAGCAUCAUCGCGGGCUCGGGGACGAUCGUCAGGCUUUGCUUGCAAGCACAAUGUGGGCUACAAGCCCUUGGGCGCGCCGGUGACAUCAGAAAGAGUCGUCGAGAUGCAGAACUCAUCCUUCGCCAACAUGGAGAAGAUCCAGCAAUCUGUUGGGCAGGAUACCAGCUCGCAUCAGGAAAAGAAAGACAAGGAGCGCAAAGGCCGCAAGGAACAGAAAGUGGAAGCUCGGAGUCUGUCGGAUUCGCGAGAUUUCAAGGAUGAAGAGGCUGCCGCAGAAGGUUUGGAGGCCGACUCCACAGGAAUGCAAAGCCUUUCCCGCCUUCCCCAUGCACUCUAUGGGAAAGACCUGCCCCGUUGUGGACAAGCCCAGGAACGGCAAGAGAAAGAUGGCUUCAAGGAGCUGAAAGUGCACAUCAAAAGCUCAUCUCGAAGGGUCGAGCUCGUGAGGAUUGACGCAGAUGCUGCCUACGCGGCACGGAGCGACAACGCGAAGUUGGCACUGGCCACCUCGAGACACUGGGCAAAAGCUUCACCGGAUACUGGAAGUGGAGGUGUGUUCCUGACGUCCUUGGAAGCUCCCCAGUCAGCUCGGGAGAGAAGACAGCUACCCAAGGCCUCUCCAAAGCGGGCGACGUGGUUGCCAUCCCUGUCCGAAUACUUGGCGAAUGGUGCUGGGCUCCAGGCAUCAGAGCGGGCCGAACUUGCCGACGUGGGAACGACCCACAAGAUCGCCGCAGAGCUUCUUCCCUUGCCAAAAGGCACACGACCAAACUAUGGCAGCCUAUUUCUGCUUGACGAGGGAAAAGCUGGCUCGAAAGAUUUCAAAGACCGCUUAAAGGAGCACCGAAAACUUUGGGAAAAAGAUCUUGCUGGUGCAUGGAAGGAGAAAGCAUUUUAUCAAAGGUGUCAACCAUUUGUUGCACCGAAAGAUGCCGAGGAGAUGCGCCAGCGCUGCCACGGGAACGAUUACAUGCAGGCCGCCAUUGAACGCCACGUGAAAGAUUUGGAAUGCCACCUCAAAGACUCCGGAGAAGCGCCACGGGGAGCCAACGACGAGCCGAAGGGCCUGCCUGCUACAGCUGCCACGAUCAAAGUGGACGUGGAUGCGAAUGGCAUGCCCGGCCCAUCCGCACCCACAAGCCCAGCGCAGGAUGCCACGUUGCAGGAGAAGCGUCGAGCAGAUGCCGAUGACGAUCAGCGGAUAAGUGAGCCGGUGAAGCUGGUGGCUGCUCGCUCAAGAAAUCAUGCGAUUCAUCAGAAGGCCCUCGCUCAGCUGCGUGAGCCAGAUCGGCAGAAGAAUUCGCUUAUCCUGCGGCAACAACUGAAGGAAUACCAGGAAAAGCGGGACGAGGCACGCAAGAAUUUGCAGGAGACUCUGGAAAGUCAAGCGGAGUCAAGGAUCGUAUCCCUCGAAGCUCCUACGAGGAAAUCCUUGGCGUCUGACGUCGAACCCAGUGAUGGACAACAGCAUCAGUGGUACCGCUCCCUUCUUGAACAGAUCCGGACAGAGCUGGCGACAGCAGAUGUCCCUAAGGCUAUGUACAUGUUGCUGGACUCGGUGAAGACAGUGCUAGACGAAGGAGAUGAAUUUGAAGCCGACGACUUCUGGCAGUGCAUUUCUGAGCUGCGAGCUGACGAUGUGACUUUUGCCAUGGCAUCCCUGCUAGGAUCAGUGAUUCAUGGCGUGGGUGGUUUGACUGGUCCUUCAGUGGUGCGAGCUUUGCAGCAGCAGUGUGGCAAGUUGAAUCCGGGGGUGGCCGACGUGCUAAACGCACAGUAG